AACUGCGGGUAUAUAAAAGCCGUCGAGACCACGUGACUUCCUUUCCGAACUAAGCUGAAAUCAUGGAUGCCAGCCGCGUGCAGCCCAUCAAACUCGCUAGAGUUACUAAAGUGCUGGGAAGAACCGGCUCCCAGGGGCAGUGUACCCAGGUGCGCGUUGAGUUCAUGGAUGACAGCAACCGAUCCAUUAUCAGAAACGUGAAGGGCCCAGUAAGAGAAGGAGAUGUCCUGACACUUCUGGAGUCUGAAAGAGAGGCCAGGAGGCUUCGCUAGUGCACAUGUGAAGACCUGCAGUGGUCAAAGCAGGACUCGUGGAGAGCAUCAACAUCAGCUCUACAGUUGGCAGAACAAUGUCAUUUGUGCGCAGUUUGAAAUAAAGUGUCGUUGUGAAUAA